AUGAAGAUUCUCAAUGACGAAGAAAGAAACGCCCACUGGAACGCCGUGCUCCGCCAGGGUGCCAUCGGUACCGCUGUCGGUCUCGGAGUUUCUGCCGGUUUGGUUACCUGGGUCAAGAGAAAGCAGCCUCUCAGAUGGCGGUCCUUCAACACCUCGGUGAAAACCGCCAUGUGGGUCAUGCCUACCGUCACGAUUGGUGCCUUUUUCGCCGAUGAAGGUUCUGUCAAAUUCGACGAGCAGAUGCACCGUCUGGACUACCUCAACCAGCAGGAGACUGAAAAGUUGGAGCAGUGGAACAAGUUGUCCACUGCCGACAAGAUCUUCACCAGGGUGAACGAGAACAAGUACAAACUUAUCAUCAGUGCAUGGGCCCUCUCGCUUUGGGGCUCGUGGCACAUUGUCAACAAGGACAAGUACAUGAGCACCACUCAAAAGGCAGUGCAGGCCAGAGUCUACGCCCAGGCCAUUACCGUCGCUUUGUUGUUGGGAACCGUGCUUUUGUCGAUGCACGAGCAGGAGUUGAAGAAGAAGCAGCCUCCUCCAGUGCCUGAGUGGAAGAAGUUCUUGGAUGAGCAGGAGAGCCACAAGAAGGAGCACGCCAAGCUCCGCAAGACCGAGGACCUUGAGCAGAAGUCGCUUGAAAAGAAGUCCGACGAGAAGAAGGAGUUGCUCAAAGAGGGCGCCAAGGAGAGCUUGUAA